GCUUCACAAUUAUUUGCCCCACCAGCACUGAGGUACUUCAGAGCAAGAACAACCCUUGACAUCGCGCAAUCUCAUCCGAUCGAGCGCCAAGUUCUUUCUCUCCCGUGCCCGAUUGUAUUCCAGAGGACUUUCGUCUUUGGUCGAGGGAAAAGUGAAGCUUUCCCCCAGGGGAGCUGCCGCGUUCGCCAUGCUCCGGUCAAAGUUGACGGACAGUCCCCUCCUCAAGGUCUCUCGGCCAGUGUCCGCAUGUUCAAGGUGUCGCUCUGCUAAAGUCAAGUGUGAUAAUAAGCUCCCGGCAUGUACGGCGUGUGAAAAAGCCGGGCGCGAGAAGGAGUGCACCGCGGCUAACGACCAGUUUGCUCGUGGGAAGGAAAGGAGCUAUGUCGCGGCGUUGGAGCUCAGGAUAGAGAAGCUGGAGCGGAGACUCGGUUAUGCUCGCUCCAUGAAAGAUUCAGUAGCAUUGAAUGGUCCUGAUGAACCUCCCGCCGGUGACCCGAACCGGAAAGACUCGAUGGCGUUUAUUCGGGCCGCCAUCCACCGAAAAGCCGUGCAGACACAGGAGGAUGCAGAUAUCAACACGCUGGUGUCAGACUUUGGCUACCUAGCCGUAAAUACCACCACCCGCGACUUCGAGCCGUCCGAGUCGAACAUGACUUUUGCCCGCCUGGUCCUCGCGGCCUCGACCAACGAGCCAGUUCCAACGCCUAGGACAGCGGACCUGCCAGCGGAGUCGACCGCGAGGGCUCUUGUUCAGUUCUACGAAACCAAUGUCAUACCCAUCUACCCGGUGUUCCCCGGCACUUUGCUACAUGCUCUGGUUAGCGACCUGUACCAACAACACCGACGGCAAAUUAGGAGUUCGGAAUACUGGUUGUUCUGGAUGGUCCUCGCCAUCAGCUCUGCGUCACAGAGCCGGAGCCGGCGGGAUGAACACUACCAACAUGCUGUCGAGUUCGUUGGACGAGCGCUGCCACACGCCGACAGGGCGCUGCGGCCGGGAUACGGAACGCAGGUCCAAUCUCUAUUGCUCCUUACGCAGUACUCGAUGCUCGACCCUGCUCAUUUUGACAGUUGGCAUCCAAUUGGCUUCACCUGCCGUGCUGUGGUCGACCAAGGUUUACAUCAGGAUCCGCCGCACAUCCAGCAAAUGGGCCAAGAUGCGUUAAAUGAACGCCGCAGGACCUUCUACUGCACCUACGCUCUCGAUAGGGCAAUAAGCAUGGUUCAUGCCCGCGCAUUCUCCUUUUACGAUGAGGCCGUGUGCGUGGCUCUCCCCUCGCCGUUCCAGGCAAGUAGCACCCUCUCAGGCAGCACCACAGCCAAACGAUCCCCGGACGCCUCUCUUCCUCUUUUCAGGCUACGCCAAUUGCAGUCGGAGUGGUAUCAGGCGCUUUACCAAGGCAACCCAAACGAACACCUACCAGACAUCACCUCCUUCAUCUGGCAAAAAUACCGUGAGAUGUGGGAAUGGUCCGAGAGGUUGCCGCCCGAUAUGCCGGCGGCCAUCCGCGAGAUGCUCGAGUUGGAGUUGCGCUACAGCUACGUUUACUGCAUUGCUUCUAACGCCAGAGGAGCUCAAGUGUCGGCUUAUGGAAAGCUCCUGAUCUUUGACCACGUCAUCUCGUACGUUGACAGGAUAUAUGACAUCGCAAAACUCGCGGAAAACGCUGCCGUUUACACUUACCACGAUGCUCUCAGAGUACUUUUCAUGGGAUCGCAGUUCGUCGCGGUUCUGCAGGAGAUCGGCGAUCUGAUUCUGUCGGGGUCAUCCAUCCCUUCCCCCGCGCCGGGGAAAGUGUUACCUCCCCCGCGGCCAGUGAGGCUCGACAGGGGUACCGGUGAUGACUUAGAUCGCAGUGUGCGAUGUUUAGAAAGAGUGAAGCUUACCUUGAGGCUGUAUGGCGAUAGGUGGGAGAGCGCCUUGUCCUGUCUGAAGAACUUCGAGGGGUUGUCAGCCGAGGUGUGGAAGAACCUCACGACCAGACAAGCCAUGAGAAACCCAGCGCCAACGGGCCAAUGGCUACCCAUACCGGGAGCUUAGUCUGUUUAGUUCCGGUCCCGAAUGAUCCAACAUGAUCCAACAACAAACACCGUGACCGAAAGAUGGGCUGGGGUGGAUUGGGGUGGAUGGUGGAGGUGGGGGUAC